AUGGCAACAUAUUCCAUGGACAUCAAUGAGGAAGCAACUACAUUUGACUAUGAGUUCUCAACACCAUGCCAAAAGAUGAACAUUAAGGAACUAGGAGCCAAGUUCCUGCCUCCACUGUACUCCUUCGUACUCAUUGUGGGCCUCCUGGGCAACAUCCUAGUGGUGCUGAUACUUACUAAGUACAAGAGAUUCAAGAGUAUGACCAACAUCUACCUCUUCAACUUGGCCAUCUCAGAUCUGCUCUUCCUGUUCACACUUCCCUUCUGGAUUGACUAUGCCAGGAAAAAUGACUGGGUUUUUGGGCAUACCAUGUGUAAGAUCCUCUCUGGCCUUUAUUACAUGGGCUUAUAUAGUGAAAUUUUUUUCAUUGUCUUGUUGACUAUUGACAGGUAUCUAGCUGUGGUCUAUGCCGUGUUUGCGUUGAAAGCCAGAACAGUCACUUUUGGCAUCUUCACCAGCAUAGUCACGUGGGGCUUGUCAGCACUGGCAGCUCUUCCCGAGGUUAUCUUUCACGAGUCCCAGGAAGACCUGGAGAAUCAUAUCUGCAGCCCUCGUUACCCAGAAGACAACGAAGCCACCUGGAAACGUUUCCAGGCUCUGAGAAUGAACAUCUUGGGACUUGCUAUUCCAUUGGCCAUAAUGAUUAUCUGCUACACAGGAAUCAUCAAAAAACUUCUCAGUUGUCGGAAUGAGAAGAAAUAUAAGGCAGUCAAGCUCAUCUUUGUCAUCAUGAUCGUCUUCUUUCUCUUCUGGGCACCUUACAACCUAACCCUUCUUCUCAAUGCUUUUCAAUCAUCUUUUUUCACAGCUGACUGUGAGAGAAGCAAACAACUGGACUUGGCAAUGCAAAUUACUGAAGUGAUUGCUUACACUCACUGUUGUGUCAACCCCGUGAUCUAUGCCUUUGUGGGGGAGCGAUUUCGGAAAUACCUCUGUCUCUUUGUCCGCAGACAUAUUGCAGUACACCUGUGCAAAUAUAUUCCAUUCCUUCCUGGUGAGAAACUGGAGCGGGUCAGCUCUAUUUCUCCUUCCACAGGGGAGCAAGAGCUCUCUGCUGCAUUUUAGAUCAGGCUCACAUACUCCUUAUCCUUCCAAAAACAGCUAUGAUGGAGGCUACGGUGAGCUUGAACACUUUGCUUUUCCAGACUAAACUUCCAGACUCCAGGCAAGAAAUCUUGACUCUGAGACAGAGUUAAUACAAAAGAAGGAACUCCCACAUAAGUAAUGCACUUCCUAGUGGCACAUGGGCCAAGAACUAACUCCAGAAAGCAAAUGAAAAGAAACCUUAUUUUUUUAAGUAUUAUUUUCCUCUAAACUGUCCCUCCUACUCCAGAAUGGUCCUUCCCUUGAGACAAAGAAAAACAAUUAAGCAAAUCAACUGGUAAUGACUAAACCUGGCAGAAUAUAUAGCAUUCUUCCCUAGUAGUCUUCCACCUGUCAUAAAGGGAAGGUAGGUUUCAUCACCUGUUCUACUUUAGCUUUUAGUUAUUCAGAGUUCAGCUUCAUUUUAGAGAUCUUUUCAUUUAUCAUGUUGUCACAAUGGAUCCUUUACUCUUGGGUCUGCUUAUUUCAUUCACUCUGUACCCAUUUGUAUAAAUCUCAUCUUUCUCUGAAUUCCUCAUCUGUCAUUUUUUGAUUAGUAAUAUUUCAUUAUAUUUCUAAAUUGUACUUUUUAUUUAUCCCCCAAUUUAAUGGAUACCCACCCACUUUAUGGAACAUAGAUUUUAAACCAAUUCUUUAACUAGUGCCUUGAAAUUUAAUGUUUUUGUUCCAUUGUUAUUCAUUAUAACUUCUGUAAACUUGAAGAAAGGAAUAUUUAAACAUCAUUUUCUAUAAUGUUUUUCUAUUUUUCUAACUUCAUAAUGCAUUCAAGUUAAGUGAAGAGUCUUGUGUAUCUAGUUCCUCAAUUAGCUUAUUUCAAAUAUGCAUCUCUCUUCCUCUAAAGAGUCAAUGUUUAAUAUUUGACUAUUUCUGUUGUAGAAGAAAAGAUCUGACUCUGACUAUUGUGAUGUUAAUAUCAGUCUUUUUUUUAAACCCUUACCUUCCAUCUUGGAAGCAAUACUAUAUUGGUUCCAAGGCAGAAGAGCAGUAAAGAACUCAAUGGGGAUUAAGUGCCUUGUCCAGGGUCAUUCAAGGGGGAUGUGUCUGAGGUCAAAU